AUGGCGCAGCUGUGUGGGCCGAGGCGGUGCCCGGCGCUCCUCGCCCUGCUGGCAUCGUUGCUCCUCUUCGGGGUCGCAGCGGCCGACGGAGAACGUGACGUCCACGACUUUUGCCAAGUUCCGAAGGUGGUGGGGAAAUGCCGGGCUUCCAUGCAUCGGUGGUGGUACAAUGCCACUGGCGGUUCCUGCCAGCAGUUUGUGUAUGGAGGCUGUGGUGGGAACGACAAUAAUUACCUGACCAAGGAGGCGUGUCUUGAGAAAUGUGCUGAUGUUACAGAGAACACUAGUGAUGGUCUGGCCACCAGCAGGAAUGGAGCAGAUUCCUCAAUCCCAAGUGUUCCCAGAAUACAAAAUUUUGAUGACCCCUCUGGCGAUAUUUUCAACUAUGAAGAAUACUGUACUGCCAAGGCGGUGACCGGGCCUUGCCGCGCAUCCUUUCCACGCUGGUAUUUUGAUACCGAGAAGAACUCCUGUGAUAACUUUAUCUAUGGAGGGUGCUGGGGCAAUAAAAACAACUAUCUCUCCAAGGAAGCAUGCAUGAACCGCUGCGUAGGCAAGCAGCUGUAUCCUGUCCUGCCCCGUAGCACUAAAGUGGUGGUCCUGGCGGGGCUGUUCGUGAUGGUCCUCAUCCUCCUGCUGGGAGCCUCCGUGGUCUGCCUGAUCAGAGUGGCGCGGAGGAACCAGGAGCGCACCCUCCGCACUGUCUGGAGCUCCGGGGAUGAUAAGGAGCAUCUGGUGAAGAACACAUAUGUGCUGUGA